UCUGUCCCUAAAUGGGCAUUCCAAACUGUUCUCUUCCACUUGGACUCGCUUGCCUUCGCCUACUCAUUUCUCUCUCUCUCUCUAACUUCUCUGCAUUGAAAUCCGCAAUCUUUUCCGAAGCUAUUAAAACCCCAUUUGUACUUUGAUUUCUUUUUUCUCUUUUCUCCUUGAUUUCAGUUCCCGAAUCGUUUUCUUUGACUUAAGAGUCAAUUCAAUUCCUAGUUCUUUUGUCUUGCCAUUCAAAGUUAAAAAAGAUUUUGAGCUUUUUACCCCCUUGUUUCAUGGCUGAAUUAGAAGAUAUUGGAGCUGAUAUUAGUUCCGACAUUGAAGUGGAUGAUUUGAGAUGUCAAAAUAUAGCCGAGAAAGAUGUGAGUGAGGAAGAGAUUGAAGCAGAUGAAUUGGAGAGACGAAUGUGGAAAGAUAGAAUCAAACUCAAAAGGAUUAGGGAAAGACAGAAGAUUGCGGCCCAACAGGCUUUGGAAAAGCAAAAGUUGAAGAAGACCUCUGAUCAGGCUCAGAGGAAGAAAAUGUCCCGAGCUCAAGACGGGAUUCUUAAGUAUAUGUUGAAACUAAUGGAAGUUUGUAAAGCGCGGGGAUUUGUCUAUGGCAUCAUUCCGGAAAAGGGUAAGCCUGUAAGUGGUUCAUCAGAUAACAUAAGAGCUUGGUGGCAAGAAAAGGUGAAAUUUGAUAAGAAUGGGCCAGCUGCCAUAGCUAAGUAUCAGGCAGACUGUUUAGCUAUGAUUGAGGCGGAUAACGGUAGAAAUGGAAACCUGCAGAGCAGUCUCAAAGACCUGCAAGAUGCUACUCUUGGUUCUCUCUUGUCUUCUUUGAUGCAGCACUGUGAUCCUCCUCAGAGGAAGUAUCCUUUAGAAAAGAGAAUUCCUCCACCUUGGUGGCCUACUGGUAACGAGGAUUGGUGGGUAAAACUAGGGCUACAACAGGGUCAAAGUCCUCCUUAUAAGAAGCCACAUGAUCUUAAAAAGAUGUGGAAAGUUGGAGUAUUAACAUCUGUGAUAAAGCACAUGUCACCUGAUACUGCAAAGAUUCGGAGGCAUGUACGCCAGUCGAAAUGUUUACAGGAUAAGAUGACAGCAAAGGAGAGUGCAAUUUGGUUGGGAGUGUUGGCCUGUGAGGAAGCUCUGAUUCGGCAACCUAGCAGUGAUAAUGGAACAUCUGGUGUAACUGAAUUGCCUCGACUUGGAUGUAGUGAUAAGAAACAACCUGCUGUCAGUACUGACAGUGAUUAUGAUGUCGACGGUGUUGAUGAUGGAGUUGUUUCAGUCUCUUCCAAAGAUGAGAGGAGAAAUCAACCUACAGAUGCAGAGCCUGUGGCUUAUAUUACCAACUAUGAUUCCCAUCCAGUACAAAGCAAUGAGCGAGUGGCAAAACAACCUAGGAGGAAGAGACCUCAUUUAAGAUCAAGCCAUGGUCAUCAACAACCUUUGCAGAUCCAUGGUGAUCAACAAUCUGUACCAAGCCAUGGUGAUCAACAACCUACGUCAAACCAUAUUACCAACUAUGAUUCCCAUCCAGUACAAAUCAAUGAGCGAGUGGCAAAACAACCUAGGAGGAAGAGACCUCGUUUAAGAUCAAGCCAUGGUCAUCAACAACCUUUGCCGAUCCAUGGUGAUCAACAAUCUGUACUAAGCCAUGGUGAUCAACAACCAAUGUCAAACCACAGUGAUCAACAAUCUGUACCAAGCUAUGGUGAUCAACAACCUGGACCACGGCAUUAUGAACAUGUAAAUGCCGAGUCAAUAAGCACUUUGCCUGACAUCAACCAAACUGAUUUAUCUUUUAUGGAAUAUCAUAUGCCUGUCACUGAGCAGGAAAAUGAUGCAAGCAAAGAAUUAAGACAUGUGGAGGACGGUUUAGAUGUUCAGCCACAUCUACCUGCGGGUGAAUACUGCCAUUAUCCUGCCACCCCUACUGCCACUGAAAUUUCCACACAUAGACCUAUGCUCUAUACAUUAGAGCAACAUGAGCUGCACCAAGGUGCUGCAUAUGAAUUUUAUAAUCAAUCAGCUGAAUUAAGGCCUGGUCAUGAUAGUCAACAAACUCUGAUGGACAUGAAUGUCCUGCAUGUUAGGCCAGAAAAUGGUGUUGAUGCAUCAGCACUGGGUGGAAAUGGACAUGAAAUUGCUGGGGGAGAAUUGCAUCAUUAUGUGAAAGACCUAUUGCAUAAUGAGCAAGAUAGAGUUGUCCAUAAUUCGUUCAGUUCUCCAACAAGUGAUCCAUCAUUCUUUGGUGGAUUUCACAGCCCCUUUGAACUUCCAUUUGAUGGUACAACUUCACUAGAUGAACUACUUGAUGAUGACUUGAUACAGUACUUUGGUGCUUAGGUUGGAAAAAUUGAGAUGCUAGAAAAAUAGAUUGCAAGUAAAACCUUUUCUCUUCAACUCCUGUUUCAUUUACGAAUGAUUCAUAAACAUUGUUUGGUGUUAGUUUUGCAGGAACUGCAAACUUAUGUAUUCAUCAUUGAUUUGGAUGGAGGAGUUUCUCUUAUUCAUUAGUUUUUCUAGUACAGGUGGUAUAAUUUGAGCAUGCUAUGACUGAGUCAA